AUGGAAGCUUUGCCGGAGCACUUUAUGGAAUUCCACCCGGUCCACGGCUCCAACGUGCAACUGGACUACUCAGCGACCCAGGCCACACGGGUGGAAAGCUUCGCUAACGGAGUGUGUUUCAGCAAACAUCCGUUAAAACCCGGGGAGAUUUUCCUCAUCGAGAUUGAGGACAAGGAGCUGGGCUGGUGCGGCCACCUCCGGAUCGGCCUGACCGCCAGGGACCCCGGAGGCUUGCAGGUGGUUCCGGAAUACUCCAUCCCGGAUCUGACGGAUCUGGGCGACAGCUGGGUGUUCGCUAUCACUCGCAACCACAACAAGGUUACAGAGGAGGUCCAUGCGGGGGAAGGAGGCCACCAGCCUCCAGAGGAACCGGCCGGGGGUCAAAGACUGGGUCGAGGGGAGGCUGAAAAUAACGCCGACGCCACCUGCAAACCAAAAACUUUUUUCACAGAUUCUCAUUUGCGGAUCGAGAACGUUCUGAUCCCCAGAGACAAGCUGGUCGGCCGCAGCCGGCCUGGGCGCUUCAGCCACAUUCUGGAUGACUUGUACAAAACCAACGCUUUGCCGCCGACUGCCAGACGCAGCCGGAUUGGAGUUUUGUACGUAGCGAAAGGCCCCGGUCGAGGUGACAUGCAUAUCGUCAUCAAUGGGGAGGACAUGGGUGCUUCCGCCAAAGGCAUACCGACGAAAGAGCCUCUUUAUGCCGUCGUGGAUGUAUUUGCUGCUACUAAGUGUGUCAGGAUUGUGCAGGUGGAGUAUGGAUUCUCGUCCUUGCAGACGCUGUGCAGGAAGUCCAUCCAAAAGCACAUUGUCCACAGAAUGGCCCUUGACUGGCUGGAGCUACCAGAGGCACUCAAGUACUUCUGCAAGUACGAGUGAGAAUUGAAAAUCCUUAACGGCAGGAGCCGUCAAACAGUUUUCUGACUUCCGGGGACGAUGUGAACUGAACUGGGAUUGUUGAUCGUCAACCUGCUUGAUGAAGAAGCGCCGAUGUGAGCAGGAUUUGGAAACUCGUCAAAAGAAACCACACACACAUUAUCGACCAUGCUGCUGUAAAAAAACAAAACAAAA